CGUUACAAGCCAAUACAAUCCAUAAAAGUAGGCUUAGCAAAUUAUUGUGGAAGUAAAAUUAAUUACAAUAUUAAGCUGAAUUGUGGUAGAUAUGCAAGACUGAAAUAUUAUUAGAUAAAAGUACAUCGGCCUGUGAGUUGACAGUUGGACUCUCUUAGAAGGAACACGAUGUUGCCCAAUAUUUUGACUUUACUGCGUACUGUCACCUUGGAACCAUCAAUGAUGCUGUACUACACUGCCUGUGCCAUGACUUUUGUAAACGGGCAGAACUUGCUACUACAGAAGAUAUGUCACCCUGGCGAUUCUCAUCCUUCCACUGCGACUUGUCAGGACGAGGUACAUGCCCAACAGUUGUCUACACAGAUCCAGACGUGGAAACAAAUCAUCGUAGUGUUCGGACCAGUCUUUUUCGUCCUCUUCGCUGGUCCGUGGAGCGAUAACCAUGGCAAGCGAAGGAAGCCACUCUUGUACCUCCCUCUCUGUGGACAGAUUCUUUCAGAUCUCCUCUGCAUCGUCAACGUCUACUUCUGGAGUUGGUCACCAGUAAUCGCAGCCCUGUCGGACUCGAUCCUUCCUUCCUUAACUGGCGGUCUUGCUUGUUUUCUAAUCGGCGUGAACAGUUAUGUAUCCGAUAUAACUACAGACUCUUCCAGAACAAUCCGAUUGGGGCUUUGCACUGCAAUUUACUUCCUCGGAACUACGCUGGGAGCGUUUAUUUACGGAUUGGUCGUUCACACCAUUGGAUUUUAUGGUGUCUUCUCUGUUUGCGUUGUUCUAAAUUUAGUAGCGCUUGUUUACCUGUAUUUAUUUGUGAGUGAAAACAAGUGUGAUGGUGAGAUCUGUGAAUUAAACACAUUGGAGGGCUUGCUUGAUAUGAGAAACAUCGUUCAGUCGUUCAGGACAAUUAUCAGACCAAGGAAAGGCUGGAGAAGAGCUGUUAUACUUAUAAUGAUUGGAGUUGCACCUCUGACUAUGGCUCCUUUGCAAGGUGAAUACACUGUGUUGUACUACUUUUUGAGAUACAAUUACCAAUGGGAUGAGGCUGACUAUGGGUUUUACUCUGCUUACAAAUUCAUCAUUAUUUUCUUUGGAACGCUGGUGACACUGGGGGUAUUCUCUCGGCUGCUGAGUAUCCCAGAUGCAGUGAUCGGUGUGAUAUCUUGUGUCACCCUCAUCAUCGCAUCUCUGGGCUACACGUUCUCUACUGCUGCGUGGGAAAUGUUCCUUUAUUCAGUUGUGGAUUUUACUCAUGGAGCUGGACUUGCCGUAGUCGCUUCAAUUGUCUCUAAGAGUGUAGACCACACAGAAUUAGGUCAGGUGAACGGCAUUUUGGGCGUGGCAGAUGCUCUGUUUCCACUCAUCAACCUUCCACUCUACUCACAAGUGUACAAUCACACUUUCGUCAACAUGCCAGGAGCUUUCUUCCUCCUUAGUGCCAUUUAUGGAGCAAUUGCUCUUGUUAUAUUCGGAGUGGUGUAUUUUAUACAAAGAAUGCAGCAUUCACAAGAAACUUUCCAGGAAAGCUCAAAACUUUGAAAUCCCUAAAAGAUUUUAAAAUAAAUGAAUACCAAUGAUUUUUGCUGAAUUAACUCAAAUUUCCAUCAGAAGUGCUCAUCUAAAACAAGAGGCUGUUGUCGAAAGAGAGUGGUGUUGAACAGAUAUAAUUUUAAAUGAAAUUUACUUAUUUAAUGUUAUGGUAAACAUUUUAUAAAGAAAUCAAAAUAUU